GAUGGCGCUGCAGGUGUACACAAAGCCGUGGGGCAUUGUGGGAAUCCUGCUGGGAAAACGCGGGUGUUUAUACUCAUCCCUGUGUCCUUCAUAAAAUGUAACACGGAAUUUGUUGUUAUAAAACUGCGGGCUUGACUGAUUUAUGUCUUCGUUAUUCAGAAGGAAGGGAUGAUUAGUUUGUAGUGAAAGAAAUCACCAAACUCCGCUGUGUUUGGUCUGGAGGACAAGAAUAAUGGAUGUUCAAGAAUCACAACCAGUUCAUAAUAUCUUCAGUCUGAUAACUGAGGCAGGCCAGUGGACAAAUUUAGAAGCAAAUGCCAAAGUGUCCAGCUUACUGGAUGCAUUUAGCUCUUUUUUAAAAUCAGCUCCAUCUCCAGAAGAAGGCGUACAGGCUACAAGAAUGGCAUUUGGAUCUGUAUUACCUCAUCUUCAAGUUGACAAGACUGCUUUUAAAUUUUUUAGUGUUGCCUUUUCUUUCCUUAAGCCUUCUCAUGACUCAUUUUUACAAAGAUAUGCUGGGAGUGAUGCAAGUACCACUAGUGAUAUCAUUCAGCAAUGUUGUACAGUGUCAGAAUGCUGCAAGCUGGCUCUGCAGUUUUUACUUCCGGCUGAAAAGAUUGCUGUGGAAUAUUUGAAUAAUCUUCCCCCAGUGUUUUUGAACAUUGUUAUUUCUUCAUUAACUCAUUGCAAACAGAGUGAAACCAUUUACAAUGGUCAUUUAGAGCAAGUGCAAGAUUCCCUGUCAAGACUCUACCAGCUUACUGUGGAAGUGGCUGUAGAUUUUGCAAACCUCUUAUCAAGACUGAAAUUUGAUCCUUUAGCUGAGGAUGAUUUAGAAAUUCUUGCAGAAGUUUGUGAUAAGCUAUGCACAACAGCUGCUUGUCUUUCUCAGCUGUCAGAAGUUCGUGGGAGUGUAACACUGUGGAGAGCUUACACAAGUCUCAUUCAGCAGUACCAUGGUGUACUCAUCACCCGGCUGGAUCUCUCUCUUCCGAUGACAGCAUUAGUGAAGGAGAUUAAAGAUGGACUUGAUACUUUAGCAUCAUUAUCUCUUGGAAAUAAGACAGUGGAAGAGAAAGACAAAAAAAUUGUCCAACGAAUCAUCAAAAUGACGAGCUUUUGCCUGAAGGUUGUCAUAGUAUGUGAGAAAUUUUAUGGCUACUUGAUGGCAUGUCACACAUCUCUGAUGCUGCUGAUUCUUUUGUUGUACAGAUAUUCACCCAAGAAUGUAGUGUUGAUUGAUUAUCCAGAAGGUGUGAAGAAAGAUCUUGAGGUUCAGGUGACCAUUGGCAUUGAACCACUUCUAACACAUCUCAGGGACGAUGAAGACUUUAUUGAAGAAGUGCUUAAAUCAGUGCAAAAAGAAACAAGCAUUGUGGAUGACUGGGGAUGUCACAUUCUUCUUUUGAUAGCAGUUCUUUUCCCUCUCAGAAGCUCUAUUACUCAUCACAUGAACACCAUUGUAUCCAGGAUUUUCCAAGCAACAGAGAAAGGCCAUGCAAGUUUAUCAUUUCCGUGCAUGAUGGAUGGUGUCAUGUGUAAGGGGAAGCCUUUGAGUGCUGUGACGCUGUAUCAGCACACUGUAAUGCACCUCUGCGCUGCCUCAGCUACUUUUGACUGUCAGCAGUUUGAGUUUCUGGAGGGAGAACUUGUGCGCUGGUUACUCAGUGGGAAAAUGUGGCCAUCCCUUCUAGCUGCUGAUGUCUGGUGCUUCAUUGCAAGGUACGGAACUAGUGAGUUAUGCAGGACACAUUGUGCUUAUCUUGUGGAGGUUUUAAGCCAGACCCAUGCAGACCCUUCGUCCAUCCAGCAACUUGUGACUGUUACUCUUUUAUCAAGACUUAUGGGAAAGCUUUCUCCAAGUCAUAAAGAAGAUAUUAUGUCAAGAAUUAAUGCUGCCAGACAGAAUGAAAAGGGUACUGGAGUAUGGCGGAGACUAAUGCAAAAUAAACCUGAAGAUGAAGUACAGCUUGCUGAGUUUCAGAGCUGUAUGGAAUAUUUCAUACAACAUGUGACCAUCAUUGCAUCAAGAACUGCUACUGCAAAAGAUGUUAAAAGUCUGAUAAAAAACCUCCAAGAAAUAGAGCUGCUCAUGGAAGCCUUUCAAGGCAACCACACACCAAAACAUAUCAUAUCAGGAAACAGUGUAAGUUUUUGCAGGUUACCUCUUGACUAUAUUGGAUGCCUCCUGGUAGAGAAGCUUGUUUGUCCUCUAUUGAAGAUAUCAUCAUUCAUUCUCAGUUACCUGUCCAGUUCCCAGUUACUUCAGGUGUUGUCUAUUGUAAAAGAAGGCUGUCUCAAAGGAUCAGUGGCAAUGAAGGUCAGCCUCUGUGACUUCAUGAUUUCUCUGGGAAAGUGCCGCUUCCCAGAGUCUCCUUACCUUCGUCAAACCCUCAGCAUCAUGUCAGAUGUGCUGUCAAACAUGAUGAAGGAUGAAAACCCACUUGUUCAUCAGCACGCCAUUGAUGCAUUUGUUGCUGUUGGUAAACACACAUCUCAUGAAGAGGUAUUACCAAGGUGCCUUGCUGGAUGUGGAAAGGAGAUGAGAGAACGAGUGACCCUUUACCUUCAGCAAACUCCACACCCUACUAGCCAAACUCCUUUAUUACUCCUUCUCUACCAGAGCAUCAAGAUGCAGCAAAAAGAUUUACCAAAAAGGCAGGAUGAUGUCACAUUGAUUGUGGACCACAUGAAAACUAAGAAAGUGAAAGGUGACUCUCAGGAUCAGGCGACAGUCAAAUCUGUCAAGCGGCGCAGAGAAAGUACUUCACCAGAGGAAGAGAACCUAGAUGUCAGUAGGAUGCUUGAUUCCUUAAAGGAAUCUUGCAACUUGGUGAAAAGAAUGAAAGAAAACUCUGUAUUUAUUGAUAAUGAAAACAGAAAAAUGGUGAAGAACAUUCUUGAAAAUAUGUUAAAUGUGUGGACUAGUGAUGAACCAAAAGUGUUAGAUACAAUUAGUGAUUUGACUUAGUCCUGACAGUUACUUAUACCAGCUGAGCAUUUGCCUCUCAACCAUAGUGAGCUUUUUUAAAUUUCAUUUCGUCAUUAUUAUUAUUAUUAUUAUUAUUAUUAUUAUUAUUAUUAUUAUUAUUAUUAUUAUUAUUAUUAUUAAGAUCCCUAUUGCAUUCCUCAUCUCUUAAUACAGAACUCUUUAAAAAAAAUGUGUAUGGAUAUGGUUUGACUAAUACAGAUAUUGAUUACUGCAUCAAUGGAGCGUUUGUUUUAGUUGUUUUUUUAUAAAAUUAUUGGAAACCAGUUACAAUGAAAAUAAGUAUUUUUAUAUUAAAUAUGAAUAUUGAAUAUAUUGUUGACUUUAAUCUUCA